UGUCACUCUUAUGUAGAUACCUUCAAGUAAAAUGUAACCCAAUAAAGUCACCUGAACCUGAACCUGAACUCCCGGUGACACAAACAACUAACCGAACCCAGGAGGGUACGGCAGGGUCAACAAAACACACAACUGCUCUCAUUGGCUGGGGGGCGGUUCUGGUUUGACAUUUAACCAUGCAGGCUUGCUUUUAAGGGUGGCAGCUUCUCAAGUCUCUACCUCAGACACCGGAGGACAACUUUGGACAGACUUUACACCUCAAAACAGCACAGCAAUGGCUAACGGCACCGAUGACGACGACUACUCUGGUUACGGGAGCUACAACUUUUCAGAGUUGUGGAAUACAAGUAAUGCCACAUACUUCAGUGAUGACGACUCCUUUUGUGAGCCUGGAGAGCAGGGGAUCACCAUCAAAACCUUCCAGACUUGUGUUUUCUGCCUGAUCUUCUUGCUGGGCGUGGUCGGAAACUGCCUCGUGAUCGCCACCUUCGCUCUCUACCGCCGCCUCCGGCUUCGCUCCAUGACCGACGUCUUCCUGUUGCAUCUGGCGCUGGCCGACCUCCUCCUGAUCCUCACGCUCCCGCUGCAGGCUGUCGACACCCACCUGGGCUGGAUCUUCUCCACUUGCCUCUGCAAGGCCACGCGUGCCUGCUACGCCAUCAACACGUACAGCGGGCUUCAGCUGUUGGCCUGCAUCAGCGUCGACCGCUACAUGGUCGUGGCACGUGCCCAAGAGAUGCUCAGGCUGCGCAGUCGGAUACUUACAGGCGGGAAAGUAGCAGCGGUAGGCGUGUGGCUUGUUGCGGUGCUCCUCAGCUUGCCUGAAAUCCUCUACUCCGGGGUGUCUGGGUCCGGCGAGGACUUAUACUGCGGCAUGCAAAAGAGCGGAUCAGUCAAAAUGGCCACAAAUGGCGCCAUCAUUGCCGUCUUCUGCCUGUCCUUCUUCGUCAUGGUGACGUGCUACUCGUUGAUUGCUCGAGUGUUGUGGGAGGGGAAUGCACAACGGCGGGGGAAGCAGUGGCACCGGCAGCGGACCUUGAAGCUGAUGGUGGCUCUGGUGCUGGUUUUUCUGCUGUUCCAGCUGCCGUAUACGGUGGUGCUGUCGCGUAAAAUGGCGGGGCCAGUCUGCGCUCUGCUGUUGGAGUACAUCACCUGCACGCUGGCGUACACCCGCUGCUGCCUCAACCCCAUCCUGUACGCCCUGGUAGGUGUUCGCUUCCGCAACGACGUGCUGCGGCUCAUCCAUGAUUCAGGCUGCUGGUGCGCGCUCUGGGCGCCGCCGCAUAGUGUCGGCUCCACCUCCGUCUCCCCCUCUUCACCUGCUUCCAAAGUGCCCUCAGUUUGCUCUCCAACGUCCCCCGAACCCAGCUGCUCCAGCAACGAGACUGCACCCACCAGGUUUCAGUUUCCAGUAAACCCACAUCAUAAUAGGAGUAGACUAUAAACUUGUUGUGGACUUUGUUUAUAUAUAUAUAUAUAUAUAUAUAUAUAUAUUCUUUACGAAGAAAAAUGUCAACAUCAAAAACAUCAUCAACAAUUCUUAGGUGCUGGUGCGUUGGAAAAUAUCACAUCAGACUGGAGAAAAGGAAGAUUCCGUGCUCUGCUCUUGCUACAGCAUCAUUUAUUGAAGAUACUAACAUUUUGGCUCUUCUGGACCUUUGUCAAGAGUAUCUUCAUCAUUUGUAAAUACUCUUGACAAAGGUCCAGAGUGGCCAAAAUGUUAGUAUCUUUAAUAAAUCGUGAUGCUGA